AGCUCAGUUUUGAGAGUUGGACCGCCUGGCCUGGCCUGGCCUGGCCUGGAGGAGCGGAGCGGAAGAGAUUCGUCUCGUAGUCGUCGAUUGGAAUUGGAUCCCCUCUAACUCUACUCUACCUACGGCUCUCCUCUCCCUCACUCACGAGCCAGGCCCAUCCCAUCCAAUCCAAUCCAUCUCCAUCCUCGCUCGAUCCAUCCACGCCCACAACCCCCGGAGCCGGUGCCGGAGCCCGCAAGCGACGGGGUCACGGAUCGCCACCGCCGCGGCUGCCCGUUUCUUCUCGUCACCUCCGUAGCCUCAAACCCUACCAUCCCUAGCAAGCAAGAGCAGAUUUCAGGGUCGGGUGCUUGGAAAUGGGGGUUGUCUGACAGGGAUUCUUCCCUCGCUCCCUCCCAAUUCUCCUUCUUCCUCACCCCCUUGUCGAGGGAGGCAGAUAAAUGUUUGGGGACAUGGCCGCCGCCGCCGACUCCGGCAUGGCCAUGCCCUUCUACCCGCUUCAGGACCAGGAGGGAGAGCUCACCACCGAUCCCCACCACCACAUGCUCUGCUUCAUGGGGAGCUCCAACUCUCACCCCGUUCCUCAUCCCAAUCCCGCUCUCAUGCCUAGACCACCACCACCUCCUCCUGCUCCUGCGAGCACCAGCAAUGCCACCCUCUUGCCUCCUCCUGUCCCCAACCCUUCCUCCUCACUUCCAUCCCCUCCAAAGUACAAGUUCGUCACUGGUUCGCCUGCCGAUUGGUGCGCCGAUGAGAUCGCAACAUUGAAUCAGGGCCUCAUCAGGUACGCCCAUGAACCUAGUAUUAUGAAGUACGUCAAGAUUGCUGCUAUGCUGCCCACUAAAACCAUUAGGGAUGUUGCACUAAGAUGCGUCUGGACUCCUGGCAAAGAAAGUAGUAGGAGGAAACCUGAUGGAUAUCAUGCAGGGACAAACAUGACAUACUCGAAGAAUAAAAUGGCUGCAUCUACCUCGGUAACUAAUAUUCCGAUGCCGCUUCCAAACAAUGUGUUCCCAUUUUCAAUAUCACUGCAUCAUCCAAGUCAAAAUAACUUGGUCUCUGUGGAAGUCCCCAUUUUAGAUAGUGCAACUCAGCUUCUGGAGGAAAAUAAUCAGCUACUCAGUCAGAUUGCUGCAAAUAUCAGGACCCUUAAGACGGAGGAGAACGGGGAUCUAUUCCUGCACGCAAAUAACAAUAUAAGAGCAAUUUCAGAACGAAUGAGGGAGACACUAGGUAUCAUGGAUCAUAUGCCUUCCUUGCCCGUACAUGUAAAUGAAGAGCACCUAAGUUCACUUGUUCAUUUGCACAGAGGGGUAAGACCACAGCCUUGGUGAUUAUAUUGCUGACAGAAGCACAUUCUGGCAAUAAAGCCAGAUACGUUGGAUGAGAUUGGGAGCUGAGGGGAAGCAAAGAUGCAAUAGGUGAUUUGGUCUAUAAAUGGCAUGAAGAACAACACAUCUUGGGCUUGCAUUGCAGGAUAAGGUGAUGAUAUGUCAUAUGUUACGGUGAGCAAGGUGAAGCAGAACAAGUAAUGCCAGGCUUGAUUCUGUUGUUGGGACGAUCUUUUGAUUGGAAAGUUUUAAUUGCUGGGAAGGGGAAGGGGAACUCUAGUAUAGUGAUUGGGGUGCAUUUAUGAUUUUGUGAGGAACAUGCUCAUCCUUCACUUGGGGGCUCGAAGAAGAUAGAGGUAGGCCCAACCAAGGAGAAAAUAGUAGUACUAGUACUAGUAUAUGAGAUUAGAGUAGGCUUAGGCUAGGCCUGAUUGAGUCUCCCUCGUGUAAAUACAGUAUAGGAGACACCACAAUGGAUGGAUGAUGUUUCGGUUGCCUGGAAUAUUGAUUAAUUUGAUGAUAAUACUAGAGGAAGUUCUUUUUCUAAUA